UAGUUUGAGAUUGUGCUGGUUUUUGUGUGGUUCUCUUCUCUUUAUUCUUAGAUUGUGUGCUAAGUUUGUGCAUGUAUUGAUAUUGUGCUUGACUUGUAUGUUGUAACUUUGGUGCUAUUUUUGUAAAGAAAUCCCCUUAUUUUAGCUUAUAGAAUUUCAGUAAUAACUAAUAAAAGCAGGUAUAUAGCUUGAAAUACCAUACAAUCAAUAUAGGGGAUUGACUUCUGUGAUUAUUUUCUUUGUCUACCUUACUAGUGAUGCAUCCUUCAGCUUGCAGAACUUGUACAAGGUAGCAAAGAUAAUAUGUUUAGCAUUCAUUACUCGGCAGGUUUUCAUGGUAGAUUAUGUUGAGUGCCAAUUGGAGUAACAGUACAUACUACAUAGUUCUGUUUCUGGAUUGGGUUUUCUUUUCACAAUAGAUGACUUAUUAGGAGUUCUGAUGUUGACUUAGAUGUUUUUUGUUGGUUUGCGGUGGUUAUUAACAUAUCUAUUCUCAAUUUGACACUUCCACCCGCUGUGAACUAAGCUUUAGACCUCUAAGGAAACAUCUAUCUUCAAUUUGGAGAUGGUUUACCUUUCAGAUGUGAAGCUGGCUUAACCUUGGACUGAAAAUUCUUGGUUAAAAGCUGUCGCUUAGAACCCAGUUUUGUGAAAUUCAGCGUUGAGAUUUGAGAGUUCUUUAUUAGGAUUUAGGAGGCUGCCUUUUGUCCGAGGGUAAUUUUUAGUGAAAUGCAGGAAUUCCAUAUCAUUUUGUUUUGAGUUGUCAUAUGAAGAGUGCAAUUUGUCUAGGUUUGUAGGAUACUUAUGUACACUGUUUGAAAUGGCCUCUUAUAUCAGUAGCUUCAGAUGGAUAGCUUUGAACUCUGAAAGUUUAGUGUAUUAUUAUGCAUGUAGUGAUGAUCUUGUAGACUUGUACGAAGAUGCAAUACCAGAUGUAUGGACAUGAUGCUAGCCUAGUGUUCAUAAAAACAUAAUAUAAUGUAUCUCAUUAUUAUUAUUAAAUAUUAGCUCUCUUUUCUCUGAGAGAUGCUAGGAACAUUCUUAUUGGUUCAAAUCCAUGUGGGAUCCACUAAAGCAUGAGUCCCCCUCCCAAUUUGGUGGGACUCACAUGAAUUUCAACCAAUCAGAGAAAGUGUGUGUGUGAAAGAGAGUGUUAGAGUAAAUAUUGCUAACUAUACUGUCUUAUAAAGGCAGAAAUUACUAGAUUAGUGUCUUUGUUGUUAUAACACAUUUGUUGUAAUAAUGCAUCAGAAACUAUUGAUAGGUUUCUAGUUAUCUUGAUUAUGCUUCCCUUGAUUGUUAGAUGUUGAACUAUUUAAGUGAUACAUGUCCUUUAAAUCAAUCGUCUGAAACGCAUCUACAUGUAUCUCCUUACUGCUAGUGAAAUAGGGUAUGCAAAUGUCCUUGGCAUCCUGUGUUAACUUGUUGAGCUAGAAAUGGUCUUUUGAAUAACUGAACUGUGUCGAACUAUGUAGUUUAGUUUAGCGAUCAUCUUCACCUUAUAAGAUUCUUCACUUUUAAAAGAAACAGUUGCUGUUAGGCCACAUGAGUGUGUUUAGCCCUCUAUUAUUCUGGAUGUGGUUAACUUUCUACUUCAAUUUCAAAUGUAGAUCUUACCAAACUGUCGGGAGCCAAUAAUCAUCUAGUAAAAAGCCCUUGCUGUCACUAACACUAUUUUAGUUUCAUAUCUGGAAAAUAGGCUGUAAAUAUUCUCUAUAUUCAAUAAUCGAGGCUCUAUAGCCAAAGGUUUUCCUUUGCAGAAGCUUCUUGAAUUGAUGAAUUUUUGUUGUGUCUGUCAGAAGGAAUAGGGCAAUAAAGCAUUUUAGCCGCUUGCUAGUUGGCUAUAUAUCUGCUGACUUAGUAGUCGGGCUCUAGAUGGACACAGCUGACGAACGAAAUGGCGAGUAUGCUCCUAUCAGGGAUCUAGAGAUCCCACAAUUGGGAAAAUUUGACAAGCCACUUCCAUGUUUUGGUUGUGGAAUUGGAUGGUUCUCUUUUCUGCUUGGAUUUGCGUUCCCACUGAUGUGGUAUUAUGCUACAAUUCUCUACUUUGGAAAUUACUAUCGCAAGGAUCCAAGAGAGCGUGCUGGACUUGCUGCUUCUGCAAUUGCUGCUCUUAUUUGCACAAUUGCAGUGAUGAUAACAAUAUUUGUUAUCAUCUUGUAAUUUUACUUACAGCUAACUUCUAUAUAGUCAAUUAGUAAAAGGGGGAGAAAUUCUAACAUCACAUGAUGAAAGCAAGGCAUCAUGCACGGCAGAACAAGUUCUUAUGCUUUGACCACCAGGAAAAAUAGAGAGCAAAGCUGUGAAGUUAUAUAGUUCGAGUAUGUGGGGGCAUUCAGCUGCUUCUGUUCCCCUAUUGCAGUUGUGUAUACGACACACAAGGAUGGUGUAAACUCAAAUUUUAUCCACGGUUGUCACUUCCAUUAGCUUAUUUUGGUAUCAUGUAUCUUGGGACUGGUAAUUAGAAAAAGAAAAAGAAAAAAAAUAUGAAAGCUCCAUUGUUUUUUUUUGAAGUUUCAAUCCUGGCCAUAUUAAAAGUAGACAAUAUUAGACUGGUGGGCAAAAUUCUUCGCUCAAGUAUAUUUAUAAACUUAAUUUUUGUUGAUGUAAAUGAAUUUAUUGUGUU